AAAGAAGGAAUAUGGCGGAGCAGACUGCAGAGAGAAGCAGUGUGAGAGAGAGGAAAUGAAAGCUUUGGUGCGGAGGAAAGAAGCAAACCUGAUAAACAAACAAUAGUAAAGGUUUUCUGCUCUCCGGAAUUCACUUUCUCCCGUUUUCUGGUUGGAGAGAGAAAUGCGAGAAAGUUGAUAAUACGAUCCCUGUCAACAAUGAGUCUCGAUCUGCACGCAUAAUAUGGUAUUCAGAUAGAGCAGUAAAUUGCCUUUGAUCUGUGUGUCUGAGAAGACAUUCUUCAUGUUCUAAUUGGCAUUUCGGUACUUUUUCUCUCUUCGAAUCGGGGAUCUUAAUCGGUAUUCAACGAGCUUUCGUCGUCCAUUGGAAGAAUUUUGACUUGGAAUGCCUGUCAGUCUAGCUUUACCUGCUACCCGGGAAGGUGAGUUUGGCCUGUAAUUUGAUUUUGAAGGAGGAUAGGCAGUUGAUUUAAGUUGAGUUUUGAGUUGAAUUAGGGCUUAGCGUGAUUGUACUGUCACUGCUGGGAUUGUUAACUUCCGAAAUCUAGGGUUUUGAGGUUGUACGCCCGGCCCGAGUAUGAUCACGAUUUGGCUGUUAUCUAGACAGCCAUGCUGAGCGUGCGCAUUGUCAAUGGUACAGUUGCUUCAGUUUGAGUGCAAUAUAUUAAGGUGUGCAGUUAGCUGCUUAUUUGUUUCUGUGCCAAAAACCCUACACAUUGUUUAGCUGGUUUAGCUGGUUUUCAGUUUAAUGGAACAGGUAAAGGUGGAGAAUCGAAUAAAUUUGGUAUUUUAACAGGAAAAGUUUUGGUUUACAACCAGUGUGGGUUUUGGUCGAAUGUAUGAUAUAGGCUACUUGAUUUGGCAAAAGGAUCGUCUGAAUACUGAUUGUAUGAAGAGUUUAAGGUAGCAUCUUUGACACUGCAUUGUGGUUGGAGAUAUGCCUCCUUCUCCGGCAUUGAGAGUCUCUCCUGGGAGAGAGAUGAGGGCAGAUAAUCACAAGCGAGGGCGCAGUCUUGAGGGUGGAUUACUCUUUAAACGGAAAGACGACGAUCUUGCGUUGUUCAAUGAAAUGCAGUCGAGAGAAAAAGAAGAUUUCUUGCUUCAGUCAACAGAUGAUUUUGAAAACACAUUUUCAACAAAAUUGAAACACUUUUCAGAUAUUAAGCUCGAAAUCUCCAUCCCUGUUCGAGGGGAGAGUAGUGAACUGCUUAAUGCUGAUGGGGAGAAGAAUGAUUACGAUUGGCUAUUAACUCCCCCAGAGACUCCUCUUUUUUCUUCGCUGGAUGAUGAGCAGCCACCAGUUAAUGUUGUAACCAGAGGCAGACUUCGGAGCCACCCAAUUUCCUUGUCGAGAUCUUCCACAAUGGAGAAGGGUUACAGAAGCAGCAGGGGUAGUGCAAGUCCAAAGUGCUUGAGCCCAUCACCUCGGUCUGGGAAUAGCACAUUCCAGUCCAGGGGAAGGCCAUCUUCUGCACCUAAUUCCAGUCCAUCUCGUAACUUGAGGCCUGCCACUCCAGUGCAAAGGCCAUCACCUCCCCCAAGUAAACCCUCCACACCCAUUCCAAGGUCUUCAACUCCAACUUCACGCAGGUUGAGCAUAGGGUCUAAUGGUACUGGGGUUCGGGGAACUUCACCCAUAAGGACAAGUCGAGGGAACUCUGCCUCACCCAAAAUCAGAGCAUGGCAGUCCAAUAUCCCCGGUUUCUCCUCAGAGGCUCCGUCCAAUCUUCGAACUUCAUUGGGUGAUCGGCCAGCAUCAUAUGUGAGGGGUUCCUCGCCAGCAUCCAGAAAUGGUAGGGAUUUGGGGUCAAGAGUUGGUAGGCAAUCAAUGUCUCCAACUGCUUCUCGAAGUGUCAGUUCAUCACAUGGUCAUGAUCGGGACCAAUUUAGUUCACAUAGUAGAGGUUCUAUUGCAUCAUCUGGAGACGAUGAUGUGGACUCUCUACAAUCAGUUCCCGUGGGCAGCUUAGAUCGCUUAACUUCAAAAAGAGUUGGCCCAUCGUUUUCCAAUAACAGAGCUCCGAGCUUCUCUUGGAAGUCAUCUAAAAUAGUGUCUCCUGGUUCUGCUUCAAAAAGAGCCUUUGACCCUGCAGUUCGGCAACUGGAUAAUCGGAAAAGCCCGCAGAAUAUGUUCAGGCCUCUCUUAUCAAGUGUCCCAAGUACCACCUUUUAUAUUGGGAAAGCUAGUUCUGCUCAUCGCUCAAUGAUGUCUAGGAAUUCCUCAGUAACAACCAGCAGUAACGCAAGUUCUGAUCAAGGUACCUGUGCUGCACUUGAUACUGAAGGGAGUGAUCACCUUCAGGAUGAUUUGGCAUGUGAAAGCGGGAAAGUACCGUAUCCUGAUGUUCCGGAAGAAGUAUUUGCAUUCGAUAAGGUGGAGGCAUUUUAUCAAGAUGAGAAGCAUAACACUUUUGAUAGGUCACUUCACAUAGGGGUUGAUGAUUAUGAUAGAGACCUUGCAAUUGAUUGUGACCCUGGUAACUCUGAUAAGCCUGGCCUGCAUAAAAUUGAUGCGAAUUUUAGUAUAGCGUCUGAUGCUCUGAAUCUCAGGGACGACUGUAGUGAAGUUUGCAGUCUUAAAAGCUCAGAACUUUGCUCUAGAUGUGGUCUCAGGUAUCCUGUCACUCGGCCAGUGGAAAAUGGUAUAAAUCUUUGUCCAGAUUGCUGUAAGAAAAACAAUCUUGCCACUAUUUUGGAUACAAUUGCUAAUGACACUGCACAACCGGCUAAGAAGAAGUCUGAAGAAAAUGUUUUGGAUGAAUUGGAGCCCCUGACAGCUAAAACCAACACACUAUCACUAACCACUGAAGUGGAUGAGAUUAUUUCUUCCCAGCAUGAAGAGAAUGUUAAGCAAAGCGAGGCUUGUAACUUUGAACAUAGCCAGAUUUACUUGCGAGAGAAUUCUCUUCCAAGUAAUCUGGUGGAGGGGGAUGAGCAGAGCCUUGCUAACCAGCAAGGAAUGGGACAACUGUUUGUUGGUCAUAGCCUACCUGAUAAUGAUGUUGAAGGACAACAAUUGCAGCAGAAUAAUGACCAUAUAGAAAACGUGGAUGUUUCAGAAAUUUCUGGCAUUUCUAUACUGCUGAAUCGGUCUAGAAGUAGCAAGGGGUCUAUUGUUCAAGGUAGGACUUUCAUUGCCAAUUCCAUACCUCGCAAUGAUCUUUCGUAUGCAAGAGACAGCACAAACAGUUUGAGAAGUUCGAUUGGGCAUGGCAGUGCUUCUGCAUCAUCCUCUGUUGAUUUUGGCUCCAGACAAGUAGAGACUCGCGUGCAACGGCAGUUAAGCGGAAAGAAGUCUGACAUGGAGAACCACAGGUCGGAUGUGAACAUUAAAUCCCAAAGUAUUGGAUUAUCUUUACCUGGAGUUUCAGACCGUGCUCAACAGUCACCUGGUUUUGCAACAAGCAUGCAUGAAGGGGCUUCUGUUGCUGAUGCGAAGUUUGAAUCGGAGGAAAGACCUGUUUCUUCUCAUGAAAAAUUGCUUACUGGGGAGAACAGAGAAGUGGACGUUUCUGAUGUGGCAAUUGUUAAGGAAAAUUUAUUAGAAUGUACUGAGAGUAAAAGAACAGAUGAUACUUCUUCCUCGGAAUUGUUACGUCAUUCAGUAGGCACUCCAUUAGAUGAGAAUACAUCAGUAUCAGUUCCAAAUUACGAAGACCAUGCUUUAAAUGAAACUGGUGAAGGUUUUUCAGAUCAUGCAAGGAGUGCCUCUGAUAUAGAAGCAUUGGCUAUCACUCCCGAGUCGUCUAUUAAAGCAGGAAACACAAGGCUGAGCCAUAGCUUCGAUGCUGUAGAUGUUACAGAAUUUCCAGCUCAAAGCACUUUGGAUUCAGUAUCUGAAAUACAAACUGAGGAUUGUUAUCAGAGUAUGGAUGUUUCACAGAAUGAGGAUGUCUCAACGGUUUCCAGGAGCACAAUAAAUGAGUAUCAGGAGCCAUCAGGCCCCACUCCUUCAGAUAUCGAUACAGCAGAGAAAUCAACUGUAAUGAUAGAAUGUCAGGGAGAAAGCAAGGGAAGAAGCCUAACACUAGAAGAAGCAACAGAUACGAUACUAUUCUGCAGUUCCAUUGUCCAUGAUCUAGCCUAUGAGGCUGCAACCAUAGCAAUUGAAAAGGAAUCUUCUGACCCCGUAGAAAAUUUCCAGCCCACCGUCAGAAUCUUGGGAAAAUUCAACUCGGGCAAGAAGGACCCACGUGGCCGAAACAUUGCACGACGCAGCCCAAAAUCCCAGAAACCAAGGCAGAGGCGGCUGGAAACUGAUGUGAAACCCCCUUUAAAGAAAGUUGAGAACGAUGAGAAUGUUGACGAAUCUAUGAUGCAAAAUGUUGGGCGUCCCAAAAAGAUGGACAGUAUAAAGCCUCCAAAGCUGGAAUCCAAGUGCAAUUGCACAAUAAUGUGAGUCAUUCAUUCCACCAUACGACUCUGCUACUCCCACUGGUUAGAUGGACGAGAUUACCGGGUGCUUGUAAUGUAAUGUAAGUGGUUUUGUGUUUGAAGGGAUUGUUGACAAUUUGUUUCUUGUUAAUUCCAAUUUAUUUAUAUGAAACACCACAUAAUGUUGGUGACAUAAUUGUAAAGCUGUUUAUUGUCAUUAGGCUAAUAUUAGUGAUAAGCAUUGGAGGUUUGCGUUUUAUCCGGUUGCAGCAUUCUUGUAGUUAUUCUAUUCUGGUUCGAAAAUGGUUCACAUUAGAGAUAAA